GUUUUGGUCUUGGAAAUACAACUAAUGCCAGUGGCAGCUUAUUCCCUGGUUUUGGAACUUCUCAACCUUCAGGAGGAGGUUUUGGUCUUGGAAAUACAACUAAUGCCAGUGGCAGCUUAUUCCCUGGUUUUGGAACUUCUCAACCAACAGCAACUACUAUACAAGGCUUUUCUUUUGGUGGCUUAGGAGCUGGCACUAGCCUAUUACAAGCAGGAAACACAUCUACAGGGACUACCACUUUGAAGACACCAUUUAACUGGACAGCAACAACAGGAACACCAGCUACUACGCAACCAUCGUUUCCGAGUUUUGGCAGCAUAAAUACACAAGUGCCUACAACGGCAGUGGGUUUAGGAACUAAUGCCGGCCAAAUUGACAUUAGGAACAUCACAAAAGCAACAAGAUUUUCUGAUUUACCGCCGGAAAGUCAAAAGUUUCUUGCAAAUUUGGAUAAUCACAUACAACAACAGAAACGACAGAUGUCGACUAUUGGUUCUAUGAUUUUACCAAGUGUCAAACAGCAAAUACAAGAUGUUUUUAACGAAUCACGAAUAUUAUUUCAGAAAUUGGCCCAAUUGACUAAUGACUUGCAAAGCGAUCAUCGCCUCGUAAACGAUUUGUUAUCAGAAAUUGAUGUUCAAAUAGGACUUGUGGACAAUGCUCGUCGAUUUUACGACGCUGCAUCACAAGGACUAAGCAACGCAAUUAUGCAAAUUGGUGACAAUGUUUUUUCCAAAUUUUAUUAUGACCUUAUAGUAUCGUUUGAGAAUCGGCUGCAACAAUAUGAUUCAUACAUCGAGGAACUGGAACGUCAUUUUGCGUGGUUGUAUCAAAACGCUGAGGGUAGAGGCAAUGAACAAGAUCUUAUAGCACUCACGGAAACUAUGCGUAAUCAACACGGUAGUUUUAUGGCAAUUACUGGAAAAGUUGCAUUGCUACAUGAAGGUGUAGAAAAAUUACGUCAAAAAUAUCUUAAUUAUCGACGUAAUGCUCUACAAGACAAUGUCAACCCAUUUGAUAGACAAGAUUCACGACUAAAAAAUGCCGCUCCUGGUUUAUCCCUCACUGAAACCAUGUCGCCGAGGGAGUUGGCACAAACAAUCUCGAGAGACCCCAUUGAAAAAUCUUUCCCGACUGAUAUCAACAAACACAUGACCGUUGGUCACUUAAAAUAUCUCAUUAAGAAGAAUAAGGAGCCUCAUUAUAACAAUAUCUCCGCAGACGAAUUUGAACUAUGGAAAGUGGAUAUUCCUCAAAGCAAAAAAAAUCAAGAAAUGAUAAUACCCGUCGGUACUAACAUCAAAGAAAAAUUCGAUGGAAAAAAAGAAACAGAAGACUCGGACGAAAAUCGAAGCAAAAAGAAAGAAUAUCCUUCAGAAUCAAAAGAAGGUCGUGAUAGCCUUUUUGUUAUUUCAGAUGAAAGACUGGAUAUUAUCAUUGAAUUUGUGAAAAAGAAUCGUGUUGGUCUUUUGCGCAGUCCUCCAUCAUCGGGAAAGACCACACUUGGUCAGACGCUCCGAGACUAUUUCAUUGAACGCAACCAUAUUGGUGUAUACAUUAGCCUUGCUAGUGUAAGUGGUAGAGGACAAGUGGGCGAAAAUUUUUUCGAGGAGUUCUGGAAGAAAGAAAUUGGUUAUACCUGGACAGAAAUCAGCGAUAGCACAAAGACCAUUUACGUUUUCAUCGACGAGAUACAGACAAUUUAUUGUAACCGUGCUCAGUACUUUUGGGGUAAAUUGAAGGCACUUAUGUCAAGCGAGUGCAACAAAGAUAUUCAUAUAUUUCUUCUCGGCAUGUACGAUCCAACACUUGCAAAUGAAGCGACACUAGUGAAAUUUAAUGACAAUGAUACUCUUAGUUUAAAAACCCUACUUCUAACAAAGAAAGAGUUCAAGCUUCUUGUAGAAAAGUAUGUUCAGACUCAUGUCUUGGGGAGUAGCUCAAUGUUCAACAUUCCUGAAGCUAUUGCAGAUGCGAUCUUUUGUCUCACUAAUGGACAUCCUGGUUUGUGUAGAUUUAUUCUGGAUUCUCUACACACUCGUUAUAAAAAUGGAGCUUCAACAGUGGAUAUGUUGCGAUAUCUUGCGUCAUCAAACCUAACAUAUAGUGUUGCAACGGGUUCACGUGCUUUUUAUUGGAUCGACAACUGGAAUCCAACCUCAGAUGAAAUUGGAUUUAUUCGCAAUAAGCUACUUAUCAAUCGAGAUGAAAGUCUCUUCGCGAUGGAUUCUGGACAAAUACAAUUUACUGCCCCUAUAAUGCGAAUUGUUCUGUGCCAUCGUCUGUUCACCUCUUCUGGUUUGAAAUUAUAUACAACAAACUUUGAUGAGUUUUUGACUCGGUCCAUUGAGCGCAUGAGACCAUCUAAGUUGUCUAAUUCACUUGGAAGAGGUUGGUCUGAUUCACGUUUAUUUGAGAGAAGUUGGCAAAUGGAAUGGUAUCAUUCUGCUACAAGUGUUGUCCCAAUGAAUACAUCAAUAAGUGCUGAUGUUGGUUCUGUGAACAUGCCAAACGAUUUGAAAAAAGAUGGAGAGUAUACUGGAAUUCCAUUAAAAAAAUGGGCCAUUAUUGACUUCCGACACCAUAAAAAACAAGUAAGGGAAUUAAAAUCAAACUUCUGGUAUGUGCUCUACACAGAUAACUAUAAACAAGUUACUAUCAAACGUCAAGAGCAUGAGGACGUAUCACUUGACUUACAAGGCGAUAAUAUGUAA